AUGGACGAUGUUUUGCGUGCAGAUGUAAAAGCCAAAGAGAUCGCGGUAUCCUGUUGUUCUGCAGUCGAACUUGGAGCAGUUGUUGUCGGCAGUGCCGUCUAUGAAGUGUUCAUGGAGCUGCCAGAAUGCGAACUUCUGAACGAAGCUAUGGUUUCACUGAAGCGAAAACAGGAUAAUCUGCCGCCUAAAAGAGCUCUGCUAUGGAUGAAUGAACACAUGUCAAUGGAGCAAAAAGAAAAGUGUCGGCUCAUGGAAUAUCAUGACAUGCGGUUGUUCUUGGCACGAUGUCCUAUAAACAUUCUUUCCAAUACAAUAUUCAAACCGUUUUUGCCUAUUGUGAAGAACUUUCUGCUCAAGAAACUGUUUUUGUUCACCAACAAGAGUCCACUGUACAGGAUUCUUCCAGAAUUCCCAUCAGAACGGCAUUUGCCGGGGAUAGUGAAUGCUCUUGGCCCAAUGGAACAACUCGCCGAGAAAUAUCCACAUCUGGCACGCAUGAAACACGAAAUGAUAUUUAACAUCAUGGAUUUUGCGAUAAGAUAUUGUCUGGAUUGGAUUUGCGAAUUACUGUUGUUAGAGUGCGACAACAAAGGAAAAGUCAAGUAUUACUGCCCCCGUGUCGGCCAGGGAAAGCGAAAAAACUCUACUGGAAAGAAAUCAAAGCGAGCAAACAGAAGCCAGGAAAGCUCAUCACGAAAAUCAGACGUACUUCAGCCUAAAACUGAUAAUGAUGAUAGCGGUUGGGAAACCCAAAUGAUGACGAAUUCUUCGUCAACGAACGUAUCUAAUUUGGAUUAUCUGAAAGAGGAGCCUGUCGCAAAGCGUGCGAAAGUGAAAGUAAUCAAACUCAAGGAAGAAGAAGAAGAAACGCAUAAGCCUUCAAUCGCUCCGUCAUCUUCUGGAACUGUAGUGCAACAUCCACAGAAACCAGAUAGUCCACAGUUCACGUCUCAAAAAAGUUUGGCAUGUCUCAAAUCUAUCGAUGUGCUGAUAUACUACCAUUAUGACAUAUGGAAUGUAUACAUAUACUUUGUCAGCUCUCCCUUCAAAGGCAGGAAACAUCGAAAGAAGAGAAGCAAACCGGCACCUGACAGAGAGUUGAAUAGGAGAGCCAGCCGUUGUCCUGGAUGCUCAGUGCGAGUUAAUGAGCAAAGGACGUUCAACGAACAUUGUUGUGAAGCACACGGUGAAGAAUAUGCAAUCAGAAGUGAACGUUUCAAUUCAGAAGAUGAGUUCUUUAGAUGGAAAAGGGAGCUAGAAAAAGAGCAUCAGACGUGUUGGUAUUUGGGCAGGAGUAACAAGUUUGGCCCUUUUGUGAGGAGACACUUCUUCUGUUACAGUUGCCGUGCACCUUUCGAAAGCAGUUCGUCCAAAAUUUGUACCUCAUUUAUAACGGCCACGUUUUGUAGAAGGAUUACAGUUCGAUACUGCAUUGCACAUUUUGGUCAUCGAACGACUAAUUUUGUGGACCAUCAAGAGUCGGAUGACUACGUGGCUGAUGGAAAUCCUGUCAAGUGCGAGUCGUCAACAGUAGAAAACUCAGAUCAGCAGCAGAGCAGUCGACAGUAG